AUGGCCAUCAAUUCUGCCUCGGUCGUCCCCGGCUUCUACAGCUUCUUCUUCAAGAACCUCGAUCCUCUCGUGGCGCUCUGGGGUGUCUAUCUCAGCUUUGUAGACCCGGAUGCAGCGGUCAAGGCAUCCGCGCCUGCGUCUACGUACGACCCGAGCCAGGUCUUCCUCUUCCACCAGACGGGCGGCCUUGCGCUGGCCGUCGCUGUCGUAUCAGCCGUGCUGCCCCGUUAUACCCAGGAUCUGGGUGUGUGGCGCAUCUUGCAGUUUUCCCUCUUCCUCUCCGAUAUUGCUGGUCUGAGCGGCAUCUACAACUCGCUGGCCAAUCAAAGUCGCCUGAGCCCAACCGCCUGGACCUCUGAUGACAAGGGCCUCGCUGGAAGCUAUCUUGUGCUCACCGUCGUCCGAGCGCUUUUCUUGUUGGGCGUUGGAUUUGGGAAACCAGCUUCCGCCAAGAAGUAUGCCUGA